CUCGGUCCAUUUCCCAUUCGAUUCCUUCGACUACGCAGCUAAACUCUCGAGGCUAGACCCAACCGUUCUUCAACUUGCCCUCAAACCGCAUCUAAACCAACUUUGAAACUCCGGAGGACCAGCGACCUCAAAGCACCCAUUUUUUGAGAGUCUAUCAUCGUUUUCCGGGAUGGGUGCCUUUCUUUCGAUUCCUCUGCUUGGAGCAGUCAGCGGAAUGGUAUCCACUAUAGGGCUUAGUUGCAUCAGUGGACUGGUAUUCUUCUGCACCUCUCAAGCAGCCUCAGCCUUCUGCAAAUCCUGCAACUUUUCAUCCUCCAUCGCCACCCGGAUCGCAUACUGUUUGAUCCUCAUCCUCAAUAGCUUAUUCGCUUGGAUCAUGCUCACUCCAUUUGCAAUCAAAAAACUUGAAAGUUGGAGCUAUGAUUACAUCAAAAUGAGUUGCCCAGAGGAUACUUGUUAUGGUGUCUUGGCUGUCCACAGGAUAUGUUUUGCCCUCACCUUGUUCCACGUUAUCCUGGCACUCUUACUGCUAAGAGUUCGAAAUACCAGACAGAAAAUGGCCGUCAUACAGAAUGGAUGGUGGGGACCCAAGGUUCUCAUCUGGCUUCUACUAGUCUUCUCCACCUUCUUUAUCCCCAACGGAUUCUUCAUGUUCUACUCUCGAUAUAUCGCAUGGCUUGGCUCGAUGGUUUUCAUCUUCUUUGGCCUCGUUCUACUGGUCGAUUUCGCGUACGUCUUCGGUGAUUAUGUGCUCUUGGAGAUCGAGAAGUGCGCCGAUAUGGUCGAUUGGCGCUCUAAGCUGUGGGGCUACACUCUGGUCACUAUCACGCUUUCGAUGCAUUUACUCACGAUUGCAAUCAGUAUCAUCGAUCUGAGCUUCUUUGGCGUCUCCGGGUGUGGGCUGAAUCGAUUCUUCAUCAUCUUCAACCUGAUCCUCUGCUUCAUCGUAACCUGUAUAUCGCUUCACCCCGCCGUCCGCGAGGUCAAUCCUAGUUCUGGAGUCAUUCAAUCGGGUGUCGUGGUUAUCUACUGUACCCAACUCGUUACUUCAGCUGUUGCCAAUCACGAUGACGGGGACAGUCGCUGCAAUCCACUAACCAAACUACAAGAAGGUACUGAGACGUCCAUGGUCGUUCUUGGAGCUAUCAUGACCCUCCUGGCAGUUGCCUACACGACUUUCCGGGCCGGUACCCGCUCGUUUGAGUUUACUGGAAUGAUGAGCGAGUCGGCUGACACUGGCUAUGUCGCCCUUCAAGAUGCCGAUCCCGAACAACCAACCCCGGCACCGAUUACAACUCAGCCUAAGAAGAAAGACCCCCUGAGAAUCCAAGCCAUUCAAGCGGCAAUCGACGAGGGCUCGUUGCCUGCUAGUGCCUUGGAGCAAGAGUUGGCCAAGGAUCAAGAUGAUGAUGAUAAUGACCGAGAAGAUUUCGGGUCACAGGAUAAAGAUGACGAGACCAUCAAAGUCAGAUAUCACUACUCAUCAUUCCAUUUCAUCUUCGUUCUGGCAACGAUGUAUGUGGCAAUGCUAUUAACACAUUGGAAUAUCGUCACUCGCUCUGGGCAUGAUUCUGCCGAUAAUGCGACCCCCGUCAAAAUCGGACACAGUACAGUAACCAUGUGGAUGCGAAUCAUCAGCAGUUGGGUCUGUAUGGUCAUCUAUGCCUGGACUUUGGUCGCGCCGGUGGUAUUCCCCGACCGAUUCUCUGGCAUUUAGGAAUCCCUCGCUCUAUUUACCUUGCGACGAAAUAGUUAUUUGUCUGCUUUCGUCAUUUGUUCUCUGCUGUUUGCUUUUUUCCUGGGCCGUAUGCCGCAUCCUGUUGUAAAACUAUCCACAUACAAUAUACAAGCCCUGUAACAUGAUUAUUCCAUUUCGUGAUUUAUUCUUUCUGCUGGGCUUCUUUCCCCACAAUGCUACAAUCUAGCUCUGGAA